UGUGAUUGGUUGGCGAGAGGAGGAAUCAGUUUUCACUUUGACUGGAGGAAGAACAUUCCCCUCUGCCACUGAUUAGGUCCCUGAGCCGCAGGAGAAAAGUCUGACCUACUUCUCAACAAUGUUUCGAGCUUCAAGAAGCUGCAGUUCAGGAACGUGAAAGAGACCCUAAGUCAACCCUCCUUUUGGAUAACACACCUGCUUCAGUCCAACAGACUAUGUCCCAAUAUUCCAACAACUAUGUCCUUGUUCCUAUCCCCGAGUAUCCUAUCUUGGACUGUGUUCCUAACAAGAACAUCAAGAUUGCAGUGCUGGGGGGCAGUGGGGUUGGAAAAACAGCGCUGGUCGUCAGGUUUCUCACCAAGAGGUUUAUUGGAGACUAUGAGGCGAAUGCUGGGGCAUUAUACUCCAGAAAGGUUACAAUUGAUGGGGAACAAAUCUCUCUUCAAGUGCAGGACACACCAUAUGUAUCAAUUGAGGAUGAUUCAGACUGUAUUUCAUGCCAGGAGCAAAUCAACAGAUCUAUCUACUGGGCAGAUGGAUAUGUGUUUGUCUUCUCCAUUACAGACUAUAAUAGUUUCCAGGUAAUCAGACCUUUGUACCAACACCUUCGCAAAAUUCACCCUAAUACCAAGAUACCGCUUCUUCUAGUGGGGAAUAAAGCUGACCUCCUGAGAGCUAGGCAGGUGGCUCCUGAUGAGGGUCUUCUACUGGCCAAGGAAUUGGGAGGCUUCUAUGCAGAGGUAUCCGCCAGAGAACACUAUGAAGGGGUAUACAGUGCUUUCUACCAGCUGUGCCAAGAAGUGGGAAAGAUGAUCUUCAGCUGCAAUGGGGAAAAGAGAAGAGGCCUUCAUCUUGGACGCCCAAGGUCGCCAAACAUUCAGGAACUGAAAAGAAGGUUUAAACAGGUGUUGUCAUCCAAAGUUAAAGCUACUACUACCCUUUGACCUCUGCUUAACUUUUUGGAAAGGCUGCAUUCUAAACAGUUGGGAGCAAAUGGCUUUUAAUUUGGCAUGAGUUGUUCUGGAAGCAAACUGUGUCACAACCCACCUACAGUCUGUACAUUUGUGCAUUGCAGCUAUAUUUAUAAUAAUUUUACUUUUUAUUCUAAUUUUUAUGCUAUUUUUAUAAAGGUUUUAAAAGGAAUUAUUUUUGACUCAGAAUGAACAAUCCCAAAAAUGUGUAAAACCAGUAGAGUGUUGUUGUUUUACCUAAUUGCACUACUUGUGAUGAUCCUUGACACAGAUAGCUAGAUAGAUGUUCUAUCAUAAUAGAAAAUGGCAGCAGUUUUUAAUCAUUGGACAUCAUAAUUGGUCAGUCUUAGUUUACUGUAUAUAAAACUACAAAAUUGGUUUUGCCCCAGGUCCCAGGCUACACUAUUACCAAAGAUAAUCAUCGGUGGUAUAACCCAUCUACAUUUAUUGAGAAUUACAGUUCCGAGCAACAGCUUUUAACUUCUGCUGAUUGGUGGAGGUUUAUGUCAUUCCACUGCACCAAGUUCCAGAGGACCCACAUUCAAGUGCAGGAGCAAAACUCAGAAUUUUGUUAAUUUACAUAUUAUUCCCAAAGUUACAUGUUUCUAUUCACAUUCGUCAAUACUUCAAACUUGUGCUGGUUGCUUCCACUUGUUGAAUAAGGUACAAGGUGCAAAGUACAGGGCACAUGGACUCGAGGGAGCCCUGGAAUUAACACUAACCUUAAGGAGAUAGCAUUUCUGGGGCUCCCUUUGCAUGUUGCACCUACACACACAACUUCACUUACAUCCAACGGAAUGCACGCUAACCAGCACCCACUGACGCCAGCAAACCUGAAGUGUAACUAGCAUGUGAUUUACCAAUUUGUAAAUAUUGUUUGUAAAUCAUGUGCGAGUUGAGACAGGCACUACUUAUCUAGCAUUUGCAAUUAUGCAGGAAUUCUGGGGAGAAACACUGCAUUGUAAGUAAAAAGCACAUUCAUUUGGGUUUGUUUACAUGCGUUAGCAAAAGUACAGCAUGCCCUGUCCAUCUAAUCUAUUGUUUAUUACCAGAAAAAGCUUAACAGUGUUGUUACAUAACUGAAGAUAUUAAACGUAUCAUGCCUGUAUAUUGGACUUUUCAUGAAUUCUCCAGCACCUUGCUAUAUAUUAGUACCAAUAUAAUAAUAACACUGAAAUGUUUUAAGCUGGAGGAAAAGGCCAAAUAUGUGAACAUAAGGGAGAAUGUAUUAACAAUGACAUAAUACCCUUCCAUGCCUUUUAAAUUUGUUUCAGAUAUAUUUUGUGUUAACUUACAAAUAAACAAAACAGUGUUUGUUUUUAGAGAAAAUGUUUUAUAAAAGUAACUGUGUUUAUUCAAGUUUGAAUUUUGAUAUAAAAGUAGAUUUAAUAGCAUGAAGUUUAUUCAGUGUAGGACUGGUAUGCCGGGGCCCACCAGAAAACCAUAGAUCAUAGGCUCACUCUCACUCACCCAACUAUUUUUCCUAGUCUCCUCACUCAACCUCUUUAUUAUACUAGUCUCUUUUAUGUACAUAUUGUUCUCUAUCCUUCCAUCCAUAUAACCCUUUUGUUCCCAUAUACAGUAAAAAUAGAGUAUGAACAAGAAAUAACCAAAUGGUUAGAAAAGCAGAGUUUUCCUGGUAUCCCAGUGAGCCAGUCAAACACGGAGUUCACUGCUCCUCACAGUUGGCAAAUAUAUAAAUAUACAAAAUAAAUAAUGUUACAAUUGCUAGCUGUUGGAAGUAUAUUAUACCCUCAAGAUUCCCAACUGGAUUAUCAAAAUGUUUAGGUCGCAGUUGUUAUGCCCAUAUUGUUCCUGGUCCAUCCAAACACCUCACAACAUUCAACUGUCCUAGGUAUAAGUAAGAAUAAUUGGGGGUUAUGGUUUAUUGUAGAUAUUCAGACAGAGGCUGUUGGGGGAUACUGGUUUCCUCCACAUCUGUGGAUAGCUCUGCUCAUGUUAGGGUCUGAUUUACAUAUGCAUAUUUUCCCUAUUUAUGUAGUCAGUGAGAUUUUGCGGAUUUGGUUUUUCAAUAUUUGUUUGUACAAUGAUCCCUAGUUUAUUCCUGUAUGUCUCCAAAGAGAGAGACCGAAACAUUGACAAAUAUUAUGAGAAUUAAAUGAAUGCACAAUUAGCAGCUAGCGAUACCUACACACACUUGAGAGGGGAGAGAUUGGAUACUUUCAAUACACACCAGUCUAUCAUGAAAUGGGAGUGAUAUGAUAGUAAAAAAAUCUUUUUUACGCAGUUACACAUUCCACUAAGCAGAACAUCCUCUGGGAAAUAAGGAUAUAGGAAUCUGUCUAAACGCUUUGGGACAUUAACCCAUGAAGGGAAUUUAAGUGGGUCGAUGCUGUGCCUUACAUUCUCCUCCUACUGCAGAUUUACUGGCAGAGAUUGGCUGACUAGUCUCCACAUUAAAAAGGGGUAUGCCUAAUAGGGCCCUUGGAAGGCAAGUGCCAGAUGGUACUUUGUACUACAAACCCUGGCUGACUCAAGGAGAGGUGGCUUAUAGCUGGCCACCAAGUGUCCUGCUUGCGAUGUAGGAGGAGGCGGGGCUAUGCGCGGCACGUCAGAUGGACCAGGUGCGAGUGCAAGCCAGCUGAGACUUUGGCGUUGACAGGUGCUGAUUCGAUCCAGGAGAGAUUCCUCAGCUUUUUUAUGUGGUCUUGUGUCCUGCAUGAGCAGCGACAAAAUAAGUAAGCGACACGGAGCGGCCAGUUACCAGGGGAGGCAAAAAAGCCACCUCUGGUAACUUUAAGAGCUGAACUUUUAAAAUAGAAAUUUGGCUCUUCAAGUGCAGCAAGCACAAUAGCGAUCACUGCACUAGCGAUGCGACCCACUCCGGCGCUACAAGUUAGAAGCGCAGAGCGGGAGGGGCAGCAGCCCCUGAA